AUGUCGGAGGAUUCCAGUGCUGAUCAGAAUUCCUAUGAGGCUGACGUGUGCUGCAUUCUGGACGAGCUCCGCGCACAGGUGCUGGCGCAGAAGCCGGACAACGUGUUGCAGUUCAUCUCCAAGUCAGCGCUUAAUCUUCAGAAACAGCGCCAGAUGGAAGCGUGUGAUCGAAUCACCUUCAAGGUGAAGGAUGAGCAGAAGAACCGUGCGUUGACCAUCAUUGUGAUCGGCGCCAGCGGCGAUCUGGCCAAGAAGAAGACAUUCCCGGCCCUCUUUCAGCUCUACUGCGACGGAUUCCUCCCCCCGGAAGUCAACAUUGUCGGCUAUGCUCGCACCAAGGUGGAUGAUGUCGAGAAGUGGAAGCGUGAGACGCUCAUGAAGUACUUUUUGAACCUGUCGGCGCUUCGAUGUCACGCCGAAGACUUCUUGAAACACAUUAGCUACUUCUCGGGAGCGUACGACAAGGUGGACGACUUCAAGCGUCUCGACAAGAUGAUCCGCGAGAAGGAGGAUGCUUUCAAGGGCCCUGAGAGCGGUGGCGACCGUCUCUUUUACCUUGCUCUCCCCCCAUCGGUGUUUGCAUGUGUCUGUGGGAGCAUUCGCAGGGGUGCCAUGCCGCAGGAGGUGGGAGGAUGGGUGCGGCUGAUCAUAGAGAAGCCCUUUGGCCACGACACCAACAGUUCCGCCGAGCUGUCCCACGCGCUGGAGCCGUUCUUCGACGAGUCGCAGCUGUACCGCAUUGACCACUAUCUCGGGAAGGAGAUGGUACAGAACAUCAUCACGACACGCUUCGCCAACCGUAUCUUCAGCUCUUUGUGGAACUCGAGCAAUAUCGCUUGCGUGCAGAUCACGUUCAAGGAGACGAUCGGCACCGAGGGCCGUGGCGGCUACUUCGAUAGCAUUGGCAUUAUUCGUGACGUCAUGCAAAACCAUCUCACCCAGAUUCUUGCCCUGCUAGCCAUGGAGAAGCCGAAGUCACUCGAAGCCGAGUGCAUCCGCGACGAGAAGGUGUCAUUGCUGAAGUGUGUUGAGCCCGUCACCAAGGAGAAUUGCGUGCUGGGCCAGUACACUGCCUCCGCCGACGGUUCCAUCCCAGGUUACCUGGAGGACGAGACCGUACCCAAGGGCAGUACUUGCCCCACGUUUGCCGUGCUGCGGCUCAACAUCAACAACGACCGCUGGUCGGGAGUCCCUUUUAUUCUCAAGGCUGGCAAGGCCUUGGAGCAGAAGUACGUGGCGAUUCGCGUUCAGUUCCACGAUGAGGUUCACCCGUACGGCGAUGCAACAAAGCGUAACGAGCUUGUCAUUCGUGCCCAGCCGUCCGAGGCCAUGUAUCUCAAGAUUACCACAAAAGUUCCCGGUCAUAGUGAGGACUUGCGGCACACGCACCAGACAGAAUUGGAUCUCACCUACCACUCCCGGUACAGUGUACGUCUCCCAGACGCUUACGAGAGCCUCAUCAACGACGCACUGCUGGGCAACUCCACAAACUUUGUGCGCAGGGACGAACUCGAUGUGGCGUGGCGCAUCUUCACACCGCUCUUGCACCAGAUCGACCGUGGCGAAGUCGCUCCGAUUCCGUACCAAGCCGGCACUCGCGGACCCAAGGAAGCGGAUGACUUUAUCAUCAACAACGGCCUCAAGAAGGAAGAGGGCUAUCACUGGGCUCCCUCGAACAAGCUGUAA